CCAUAAUUCAUAAAAUCGCAAGACUUGAGAUUGAAUCUCGCCUAAAUUCCUAUCCCUCAAAAUAAAAUAAAAAUCUUGGGUUGUCAUUGGGUGAAUUUUGGUGCGUAUAUAGCACCCUCAUUCAAAUCAUUGCCGCCUACUCUCCUCCUCCUUCCCUCUCCAUCUACAAUACCAAAUGUAAGCAAUUUUCUCUCUCCUCAAACCUCAUCACUCUUCUUACCCAAUUCAAAAUUCCCCAAAAAUCAAAAUCAACCCUUUAUACAACGAACCCAGAUAAUUAAAUUGAUCUUAGCAACCAAAACUCAAAGUGAUUAGUUAAGAAAAGGGGGAAUUUUUCUUCAAAUUAGGGUUUAUAUUUGGUUGGGUUUUAAAUUUCAGAAAAUGCAAUCAGGGGAUCUCAACAAAGUAUGGGAAAUCAAAGCUUUGAAAAGAAAACCUAAACAAGAUGAAGCAAUGAAAAUUCUUGAACGCAUUGCUAAACAAGUUCAACCCAUUAUGCGCAAACAUAAUUGGCGGGUCAAAGUUCUCUCUGAAAUUGGAAAGAGAAAGAAUCUUUUGGGAUUAAAUGUUGGACGUGGGAUAGAGGUGAAGCUGAGGCUUCGAAGUCCUAACAACGAGUUGGAGUUCUACCCAUUCGAUAUGGUACUUGAUACAAUGCUUCAUGAGCUUUGCCAUAAUGCUCAUGGUCCUCAUAAUGCCAGUUUCUAUCAGCUAUGGGAUCAACUUAGAAAGGAAUGUGAAGAAUUGAUGUCCAAGGGAAUAAGUGGCGCUGGAGAAGGAUUUGAUCUUCCAGGAAGACGUUUAGGUGGUUUAUCUCGUCAGCCACCUCUUUCUUCCCUCCGAAAAACAACAGUUGCUGCUGCAGAAAAUAGGAAACAGCUUAAAUCCCUUCUACCAUCUGGACCUUUACGGGUUGGUGGUGAUAGAAACAUAAUGUCCACAUUAAGUCCUGUUCAGGCUGCUGCCAUGGCAGCUGAAAGGAGACUACGGGAUGAAAUAUGGUGUGCUUCUGCUUCUGGUGGCCUUGAUGCUGAAGAAGAGGGAGAUCCUGACUCCUUAGAAACUUUAGUACUCUGUCAGCCCGGUGCUGCUAGCACCAGUUCUAAAGCUUCUAAUGGUGACAAUGUGCAAUCUGGAGCUGCAGCAUCUCGGAAAAGGCCUCAGAGUGGCAGCAUUACCAAUCUAAUUGAUUUAAGCAAUGUUGAAAAUUUUACCUCAUCUGGUGCUCGUGACAAAAGUAGAAAAACCAGUGGUUCCUGCUCUAGUUCAUCUUCUUCAUCCAUGGGCGUCUCAGCCUCUGGGUCGACACCUAAUCAUGCUGCAGGGAACAAGUUAGAAGAGGCUGUCCAGUGGACUUGUGAAACAUGCACUCUGUUGAAUCCUCCAUUGGCUCCAGUCUGCGAGGCAUGUGAAACCCUGAAGCCGAAAGAUGCAUCGGUGCAGUAUAAAUUCUGGUCUUGUAAAAUAUGUACCUUAGAGAAUAGCAUAAACCUGGAAAGAUGUUCAGCAUGUAGUGAAUGGAGAUACUCACGUGGACCUCCAUUGACGACUUUGCCUCCUAAUCUUGGUACUUGACAGGAUCACAAUUAUUCAAGGGAUGUCAUUGAAGAGCUAUGACAAGAGUGCAUAUUUUUGGUACUUAUAACUUACAAGUAUAUGGGCUUCUUUGAAUCUUGUAUUGGUUGUGGAACAAAUUUUUAUCAUUUGAAAAAUUCAUGAAAUAGAGAAGCACACUUUCUCUUUUUCAGUUAGGUUGUAUCAACUGUUUGAUGAUUCCUUUGUAACUUUAGUUUUGACUUAGAGGGAACAUCAUAUCAGAUUGUAUAUAUUUAGGGGAAUGAAAGUGACCCCUUUAAAAAAAUGAAUGAGUAUUAUAUUUUGACA